AUGGACAACGAUCCCAACAACGACAGGCAGGCAAGGCCCCAGACCCCGGUGAUCAAGGUGACUGACCUCGAUCAGUCUCCCCGAACUACCCAAGAUCAAGAUCGACCGCCUACCAACCCUCCCCAUCCCGACCACAUCACUCCCACGCCAAAUGCCUCGACUCCAUCCUCUCCAUCUCGUCUAUCUGACCCUGCACCGGGAGGACCAGCCUUAGGUCCGACGCACAGCGAGGCGAAGAAUGUUCCCGUUGUCAACCACGUCUCCGGCUCUACCAGCGGACCUACAGCGGUCCAACGGUCCCGGCGACGAAGGCGGAGCAAGCAUAUCCAGUUCACCAUCGCCUCCGAGUCGGACACGGAGGAUCAGCGCCGGAGCUCGUCUAUCCGCGGUCUCCCCACCGGCAACAGAAGUAACGGCAAUGGAAGUAAUGGGGAGGGCAUGUCGAAGCAGCCGCUUUCCUCCUACGAGGACCAGAAGGAGGAGGUGAACGGCAAGGAGAAGCCCAAGUCCAAGGCUCGCCAGCUGUUCGACAAGUUCCUGGCCAACCCGCACAUCGCAUGGAUCAAGCCCAAGCUGAACAAGAACGAUAUGCGGCCGGUCGUGCGCUGUGCCCUAUCCUUAUGGAUCGGGAUGCUGUUCAUGCUCAUCCAUCCCGUCGGCCUUCAGAUGGGCCAGGCCGCGUUCCUCGCGCUCAUUAUGAGUAUCAUGGUUCCGCCAUCUGCGCCGUUCGUCCAGUUCCUCGAGGUCAUGUCCAACCUCUUCUUCUAUAUCUCGGUCGCUUGGGCGUGGUGCGCCCUCGGAAUCCGCGUGGCGGAGGCUACGAGGCAUCCGGUGGACCCGGCCAAGGUCGCUGAGAAGAUGGCGCAGUAUGCUGGCGAGACUCCCAUGAUCCAGCAGAUGAAAGUGGUGUUCGACGCGACGUAUCUCCAAGCCGGGCCAGCGAUCGUAUCUUGUGUGUGGUUGUGUGUUGGUACGGCGGUGCUCCUCUGGUGGAAGAUGCGGACGCAGCCGAGUCCCGCAACGCUGCCGAUCGUUCUGUCGUGCAUCCUCAUCGACGUAACCCUCACCCUCGUGCCCCUCUACCCGUCCGCCAACUACCUGAUCCCCUGGAUCGUGUACAAGCCCAUGUGCUUCCAGGCAGGGAUCGCGCUGCUGUGCUCCCUCUUAAUCCCGCAGUCCGUCUCUGGCCAGUUCCGGGGUCGUUUCGUGGGCGUCCUCGACCCACUCGAGGACGCGAUGGGCAAGAUCGAGUCGCUGUUCUCGGAAGCGAGUAGUAUGAGCACAUUUGGCACAAAGCACCAACCUUCGAGCCUCUCGAGCUUCGACGAGCGCGCAGAGAUGGACGCCAAGAUCACCGCAUGGGGUGAUCGCAGCGCUGAGAUCCGCACUGUGCUUCUUAAGACCUUGGCGGGGAUGCAGCCACUUAACGCGCAGCAGCGAUACCUUGACAUCGACAUAAGCUACGGCCGCAUUCCGGGGCGCGACUUGCGCGAGAUCUUCAACGUGCUGGCCAGCGUGCAGGUGCGCGCCUCCGGCUUCAGCUUCUUCUUCAACACCAUCGUCAACAAAGUCCGUCGGACGGCCCUCGACUCCAAAGGCUACAAUGCGCAAAGCUCGCUAAACCUGGCAACGUUAAGCCGGCCAGGGAGCCGCGUCUUCUCGCGGCCGGGAUCCGUCAAGGGCAGCGCGAUCAGUCUCAAGGACCUGCGCCGGGCAUCCGCAUCUUACAAGGACAUGCGGCGCGCCUCUGUGGCAGACGACGCGCCCCUAACCCCUCGUUCAACAGGCUUCGAAACGCCUCACGACGAGACACCCGACGGGCCCACGCCGAUGGUCACACCGGAUGUGUCCGACGACGAGCAUAGCGAGCGCGAGUCUCGCCGCGAGUCGCGACGCACCAGACACGAGUCGCUCGCCCAUCGCCUCUUCCACCUCCCGCGCUCACGCGACACGUCGCCGCACAGCGAUCGUGAACACUCCGGGUCAGGGGAGCCGCGUCCGCGCGGCAGGCGUCGCAAGAACCGCGUACUGGAGCUCAAGGACCACAAGGACAGUUUGAGAGACAGCGCGCUAUCGUUGCUUGACCAGCUGCGCAAGUCGCAGCAGCCCGUUGGUGUGUACGAGAGCCAGCGGUACAUGGACCUCGAGAGCGGCACCGACCGCGACCUCCACAAGGCAAUAGAGCAGUUGGAGUUGUUGGCGAAGGGCGCACUCCCGCUUGUUAAGGCGCUGCGCGCGGGCAUAACAACGGCGUGCACAUGGUCCGUGACGAGCGACAAGAAGCGGCACGCGGAAGCGCGCGACGUACUGAGCACGACGGCGCUGCUACGCGUUGCACUUGCCGAAUUCAAGGAGCACCGCGGCGUCGUCACGCGUCCGUACCGCCACCUGUUUGACCCCACGCACAAGCGCGACGCCCAUCUCAGCCCGUCGCAGCAUAUGGGUCUGUUCUACUGCCUAGUCGCAAGCUACCACCUCAUUGAGUUCAGUGAGGCCGCCCUCAAGUUCCUGGACAUGCUCAUUGAGACUGACGCGCGGCGACAGCGUCGCCGCCUGUGGUUCCCAAACAUUAUGAAGCUGUUCCGGCAGUUCAGGGCAAGCGUCAAGCCCGAACACUCGGAUGGACCAGAUGACGCACAGGAGGCAGAUGCGUUCGACCACUCGGAGGAGCAGGACGACGUCGACAUGCUCGGCCAGGUGCGCGGACGCAACCCGGACUACAAGCCGUUCGGGAGCCCAGGGAUGAGCCUCCUCUCGCGCCUUAGCGCAAUUCCCGACCUCCUGUUCAGCCGGAGUGCGAUGUUCGGCUUCAAGGCAGGCGUGCUGGGCUGUCUCACCUCGCUUCCAGCGUUCCUAGCCUCGUCAGCGACCUUUUAUUACUACAACCGCGGAAUCUGGUGUACGAUCAUGGCGCAGAUGACGCUCGCUGUGUAUGCGGGCGACACGUUCUCGUCGUGGUUCUCGCGCCUGCUCGCGAGCUUCUGGGGCGGCAUCGUCGGCCUCGUCGCGUGGUACAUGGGCUCGGGGUCGGGUCCAGGUAACCCGUACGGCCUUGCGGUCGUAUGCGCAUUUCUCUUCUUCGGGCUCAUGCUGUUCCGCGUGCACUGGCCCGGACCGACGCUUUCCAACAUCGUGUUCUGCGCUUCGGUCAACCUCGUCAUCGGGUACUCGUACCUCAACGGCCACCUGUUCCGGAUGACGAACGCGUCGUGGGGCUUUGAACUGGCGUGGCUGCGCUUCGUCUGCGUUGUGAUCGGAAUCACGGCAGCGUGGAUCUUCUCAUUAGUACCACCGACGUACUCGGCCAAGCGCGCGAUCCGGUACAGCUACGCGCGCGCGAUCUCGAACGUCGGUCACAUCCUGUGCCAGGAGUUGAGUGCGGCCAACGACCCCCACUCCCACGCCAACAUGGAGUUCAACCAGCACGUGCGCGCCGAACUACUCAAGCAGCGCGCAAAGCUUACCAAGUUGGGGAUGAGACAUGAGUUUGCGCAGAAAGAGCUCUCGCUACGCGGCACCUGGCCCAAGGACGCCUACGGCGGUCUUCAGGCAAUCCUUGUCGAAACAAUGUCGCUGUUGGCAAUGUUCAACCACCUCCUCCCUCAGAUGCCACCGACAUGGCGUAAAGCCCUCCUCCUCCGCACGCGCAUGUGUGACCCCCUCUUCCUGGGUGACGUCCUCGCCGUCAUCUCCAUGACCUCUUCCGCUUUGAGGGCUGCCGCUCCAUUGCCCCAAAUCACGCCUGGUCCGCUCGUUGCCAAGUACCACAUGAACCGGUACAAGGGCGUUGAGUUGCCUGAUCCCGCUGAAGGGUGGGAGGGCAUGCCGACGCAUGUUACAGCCGAGGUGCUCCAGAGCGACGAUUAUAUGCGGUACGCGCUCGGCGUGAGUACGAUCUACGCGCUGAUGACCCGGCUCGACAGUAUUGUCGCGGUGUGUAAGACGCUCUUGGGGGAGAACUACCAUAUUGAGAACCUCAAGCUUAUGGAGACGGCGCAAGUGAUCGCGUAA